CCUCGGGAUUAACGCAUGCGCAAUAGCAACAGUGGCGCCGUCUUGCCGUCCCGGCAUUGCCCUACUUGGGGCGUCAGCAAGGGAGAGUCCAGCCUCCUCCCCGACUUCGCUCCUCCCCGCCCGGGUUCAGGCGGAGGUGGCGGCCGCGGCUGCUGGAGCGCUCUCUUCUCCGUCGCCAGCUGGACGCGCGCCUCACUUGGCUUGAAGCAACUUGCUCCGGGAGCUGCCCCGCUUCUCUCCGCGAUGCCCGUCGGCGCCUCCCCCUCCGCCAAGUCUCGAUACAACCUGGUGGACGACAGGCACGAUCUUCGCAUCCCGCUGCACAACGACGACGCCUUUCAGCACGGCAUCAGCUUUGAGGCCAAGUAUAUUGGUAGCCUAGAUGUACCCCGGCCAAACAGCAGGGUGGAGAUUGUGACUGCUAUGCGACGCAUCAGGUAUGAGUUCAAAGCCAAAAGUAUAAAGAAGAAGAAGGUAAAUCUGUUAGUGUCCGUAGAUGGUGUGAAGGUGGUGCUGAAGAAGAAGAAGAAAAAGAAGAAAGAGUGGGACUGGGAUGAGAGCAAGCUGCUGGUGAUGCACGACCCAAUCUACAGGAUAUUCUAUGUGUCCCACGACUCCCAGGACCUGAAGAUCUUCAGUUACAUUGCCAGGGAUGGCUCCAGUAACAUUUUCCGCUGCAACGUCUUCAAGUCAAAAAAGAAGAGCCAGGCGAUGCGCAUUGUCCGAACAGUAGGGCAAGCAUUCGAGGUCUGCCACAAACUGAGUCUGCAACACACUCAACAGAAUGCUGAUGGCCAGGAGGACAGCCAGAGCGAGAAAGGCAGUGAGGACUUGGGGGCACCAGCCUCUGGUGUGUCUGAAGCGGAACCUGUUGGCACUGCUGAGGAAACUGACAUUGAUGCUGUGGACGCUGGGUUGCCAGGAAGUGACCACUUGGAGUUCAACCGGGGGGUGACAGACCUUGAUGCUGUCAACAGAGGUUCACCUGGCCUGCUCUGCACCAAGGACUUGCUUCAUAAAGAGAACAUUCUGAUGGCUUCUCCCAAAAUCCUUCUACCUUCCUCAGCCCAGUUGCCCGAGGCAGGGGUCCCGCUGUCUGCUCACCACCAAAUGCAGUUUCUUCAGCAGCUCUUGCAGCAGCAGCAGCAACAGACUCAAGUGGCUGUGGCCCAGGUGCAUUUGCUGAAGGACCAACUGGCAACAGAGGCAGCUGCCCGCCUUGAGGCCCAGGCCCGAGUGCACCAGCUCCUGCUGCAGAAUAAAGACCUCCUCCAGCAUAUCUCACUUCUGGUGAAGCAGGUGCAGGAACUCGAAGCAAAGCUGUUGGGGCCCAACACCAUGGGUUCUCAAGACAGCUUGCUGGAAAUUGCUUACCGAUCGGGUGCCCUACCUGUGCUGUGCGACCGCAGCACUCCUAUGCCUGAGGACACCCACCUUCUCCAGCUGGACCACAGCUUCUCCAACAUUGCCAGCUCUCUGGGCAGCCCCUUAGGUAGGAGUGACUGCUUGGCCAAGCUGGAAUGCUUCCGCUUCCUCUCCAGCACCACCCCUCCUCUGGGCAGCUUGGAGCUCAUCAAGUUCCGUGAGUCUGGGAUCGCCUCUGAGUACGAGUCCAACACGGAUGAGAGUGAGGAGUGGGACUCGUGGGCCCAGGAGGAGCCGCUUCGCCUGCUCAGUGUUCUGAACAAGCAGGGGCUGGGAGAUAGUCUGGAUGAUGAGAUUGCAGUGUAAAAAGGAAGCAGCAAUGUCUUAGGGGUGUGACAGCCAGAGGGUUUAAAUUGCCUUGCAAGGAGGCCUGAACAAGCCUGCCUCUCUCAUUGCAAGUAGCCUCAGAGCUGUUUUCUAUGUCAGGGUACAGUUCUCUCAGCAGAGAAGAAACACGGCCUCUUGGGGAACAAGGUGGCAGUGGCAGCUGGCAUCGCUUUCUGCUGUGAGGCCUCCAUGAGAAAUGGGAGUCAGACGACUGUUUUCCUGCUGGAAGUAGUGGCCAUUUUGCAGGGUGUCCUAAGACCCUACAAACUCUUAGCACUAUGUACAUCCUAUGAAUCCACCCUUGCACUAAAAAAAAGUGCAGAACCUGGUAUGAGGUGCAAAGUUGAAUAUCUUGAGAAUCUUGGCCUUUCUUUCAAUCAGGUUUCUAGCCUGUAGUUAGCCUUAGAAGCCUGAUGAAAUCUUGAAAGCCGAAGAUGAGACUGAACAGGGCUUCUGGUGACCAGGAGUGUCUGGUUCUGUACCAUGUAUAACUCUUUGCUCCUCCCCAUAACUAUCAGCAGUGGAACAAAUUAGGCAAAUCAAAUCAGUGUUUGAUUUUUUUGCUCUAUUUGCAUCAUAUUUGCAUCAAAAUUUGCUCUAUUUGCAUCAUAUAUACCAGGUGAUAGAAAGCAGGGCUUUGCCUGCAGAAUCUGAUUGACUUUGGUGCAGAAUUGUAUUGUGUGUAUUUUGAGUUAGAGUAGAGUAUAUGCAGCCCUGCUCUUAGCUGAAAUGUUUCUAUUUGAUGGCUUCCCUGUUGAGGACUGCCACUGUUUAACAUCCAGAAGGAACCAGUAGCCUUAAAUGUAUGCAUACUUAUGAAAGAUACAGUUUAGUUCAGUUGUCUGUGGAGAGAUUGCCCGACAUUGGUUGAGCCUUCUCUUGGAACUGUGGACCUAGUCAUUUCCCAUAUUGUUCUUGAUUUUCACUUACCUUGUUGAAAUGCCAGUUCCAAUGCCAGAAGAGCAACCAUAUUGUUUUAUCAUUGCUACGGCACCUUAAGAGAUUUACUGACUUGGUGUGGCAGUAAUCCUCCACCAUACCUCAGAAUUAUUAGUGUGUGCACGUGUGUGUAUAACCACCCACCCACCAUGUCUUCGGAGAUCUUUAUGUUCCCCUUCAUAUGUAGCUGCAGCGAUAUGAGAGCAGCUUUCCCGUGGUGUCAUCCCACACAGUGCAAGCUGUGUAUGACUGAUGCAACUUGAUGGGCAGAGCAGUUUGCAUGGGCCUUUUAUACAUGUUCGGUUCCUUUCCUUUCAGUUGGGUGCUGAUUGCACAGGAAAGACCACAAUGAUGGUGGUAUCACACCACAAGGAGGCAACCCCCAUGCUGCUGUAGCUACAUGUGAAGAUCCACACCUUCAAAUAUUGAUACAGACUUUUGUCUCCAAAAGCUCAGGCCACAGUGAAUUGGACUCUAAGGUGCCCCAUCUGUAGUGCUGCUUCUGUUUUAGUCCUAAUGAUGUGGUAGAACAAUCAUUGCCACAGACCUUAAUUAAGCAUUUACCCUCUAAAGCAAAAUAUUUCAUCCAUUCCAAUGCUACUAUCAAGCACUAACAGAAUACCUGGCAUAGACUGCACUGAUACCACACACAUACACACACACAAAAACCUACAUAUAAAUUAUGUAGCUACUUCCAUGAUUUGUCACAUGUAUUUAUGUUUCUAGAAAGGCCCCACAGGAACACUGCAACUCCCUCCCUGGCACUCCUAUCCAACUCAUACCCGUUUUUACCAAGGUGAUUUCCAAAGGCCAGAUCUAGCAGGUGUUGUCAUUUUGCCUUCUGAAACUCUGCUCUGUUUUUUUCUUAACAAAGUAGCAUCCAGACUUUUCUGUUUUAGAACAACUUAGUAGAAAGGCAAAGCCUCCAAUACAAAAAGUGAGCUAGGCAGAGAGGAAAAUGCUUAAAACUAUGGAGUGUACCAAGGUAAGGUGAAGGAGGGAAGAAGGUUGCACUCUCUUCCCCUGCUCUCCUUUUGUGUAACAAGGAGACCCACCCCUGCUCUAUAUGUGAAUGGGGCAAAUACAUAUUAAACAAGAAGAGACCUGUUUCCCCUGGGCUCACCACUGCCUCUAAGGCAGGCCUGCUCAACUUAGGCCCCCCAGCUGUUUUUGGACUACAACUCCCAUAAUUCUCAGCCACAGCAGCCAAUAGCCAGGGAUUAUGGGAACUGUAGGCCAACAUCUGCAGGAGGGCCGAAGUUGAGCAGGCCUGCUCUAAGGAUAGCAUUGGCAGCAGCAAGAACACCAGAAAACCUGAGAAGAGGCUUUAUCAUUGCAUUCCCGCAGCACCUCUCUUAUCUGUCCCACCAGCAUAGCUUUGUAUUGAGUCGUAAAAUCUGUUACAAGCCAUCCUGGGGAUUUUUUGGAUCAACACGUAGACUAUAAAUCUUCACAAUUAAUACAAAUACAUAGUUGCCCAAUAUAUUCAGGUUGGCCAUAACACUCAUUAAUGCAAGGGAUCAGUGUUCCAAAAAUUACAUUUCUUGGAACUAGAACUAUGAUGGCUGCACCAUAUUAUGAUGGGCAGCCAGCCAAAAAGUGCCUGGCCCCUUUCCAGCUUAUAACUGUAGCUGGAGCGGGGUGCUGUAGGGGGCACUGAUGAGGAGAGCUGUUUUUGUGGUAGCAAGCAUGAAUUGUCCCAUUUGCUAAGCAGGGUCCAUCCUGGUUACUAUGUGUGUGAGCACUGUAGUAACCAGGAAACAACAUGUGUGAGCACUGUAAGAUAUUCCCCUUAUGGAAUGGGGCCACUCUGGGAAGAGCACUUGCAUACAGAAAGAAGAUUCCAAGUUCCCUCCCUGGCAUCUCCAAGAUAGGCUGAGAGAGACUUCUGCCUGCAACCUUGGAGAAGCCCUGUGUAGACAAUACUGAGCUAGAUGGACCAGUGGUCUGACUCGGUAUAUGGUAUGCUAUGUGCCUAUGAUGUAGGGGAAAAUAAACAUUCCCUCACUCCCUUUGAGAAGCAGUGCAUUCCCAAACAUGUUUUGCUCAGUUUGGCUUUCCCUCAGAAGUUUAAUAAUGUUUUUUUAAAAAAUCUUCUGGAUUUUGUUCUGCUGUCAUUGUGGGCAUUGCUAUUGUUCCAUUCAUAGAGAAUUCCCUUGGCUUGUGAGAAAUGAUUAUGUCCAAUCAUUCAACCUGGGGGAAUUAAGGCAUUCAUGGAAGAUCUACAAUAGGGCAUUCUGUGUGCUUGUGAAUACUGACUAUGGGAUGUGGCAGGAUGUGCCUGUGGUGUACAUGAAAAGAUAUCUGCAGCUACACAGGGAUAUGUGGCAUUGGGUAGUGUUUCCUUUAAUGUUCAAAGGUGGGCUCCCACUCAAUUUUUCCCCUCUUUUAGUUUUUUCGUGUGUGUGUGUGUUCUUUAUGUGGUUUUUGAAUAGUUGUGCAGAUGAAAAGCUCUUGAAGAUCAGUGAGGAAGGAGUUGCUUCAAGUUGCAUCACAUAAUAUGCAGAUGGUUCUAAAAUUUCAGCUGUUUCCAGUUUUCAGCACUGGAAGCUACUGGACAUCAGAGUAGACCUUUUAGAAGGGAGGACUAUACUUUAAGCAACUGUAUGUGAGUGACUGGGAUGGGAGUAUAAUGGGGGAGUAUGGCAGCUCUGAGGGCAAGUAACAAGUAGCUCCAAGGGAAAGACAUUGUCCUGCCUAUCCUGAGGAGAUUCUUGAGGUGAAAGCUGAGAAAGGCAGGCUGAGGAAGAUAAGGCCUAUCUUUCUUUUCUGUGGUGGCCCAUUUCACCACUUUCACCUUUACGAACAUUCUGGAUCUUCCAGACACCAGGCCAGCUAUAGCCAAAUGAUCCUCCCAAAAGAAGUCAGGCUUGUUAUUUGCUCAUUUACUGAGUUUUCUGGUAUCAGACUCAGGGAGAAGUGCCUUCAGAAUGAAUUGGGAGGAGGAUAUAUUUCACUACCCCCAUUCUUUAGGCUGCCAGUGAGAUAGAAGGGGUUAGCAAUUAUUUCUGUGGCGUGGCAACAGUGACUAAAGUGCUGUGAGAGAGGUAAUUGCUAUUCCUAAUGCAUGCUGUGUAUCCUUGAUACUAGGGCCUGCUAUGGAAAAGUAAAUCCAAGGUCUUGGUAAGGGCAAGAGGGAAGCAGGGUGUGAUGAGCUGGAGUAUCCAAAAUGAAUGUCUGUAGAUGGAAAGAGUAUGUAUAGUUUGAAUGGGUGGGAAAGCAGAUGUUCAAUGAUAUGAAGAAUGAGAACAGAAGGAGGAGGUCCUCAAGGAUGAGGCCUGCAACAGAGCAGGACUACCAGCAUACCCAGCAGUCAUCUUGGCAGGUGCUAAAGAUGCAAUACCAAAAUGAAUUGGCCUAUUCAGCUCAGCCGUAUCCUCUUAGCAGGUUGUGGGGUGUUGAGCAGGGACAGCCCAUCCACCACAGCAGCAGAUCUGUGGGCUUGAGAUUAUAUCCCAAGGGCCUUCCCUCAUAUGAUCUGCUCCGGAACCCGCUUCGCAUUUUUGUACGUUAACAUUACAGAUGGUUCUUGCAUAAAGGUCUUUCAUUAUGGGAUUUCUGUGUCUUUUUGUUCUUUCCUUUACUAGAACAAUUGUUGUUACUGAAUGACUUUCUAUGUAAGUGCACUUAACCCUGGGUAGGGUGGCAGCUUCUUGGCUUUUGCUAAAUAAAUCUUUCUUAUUUCCAAAACAUAA